CACCGAGCACAGCAUCCCCUACAUCGGAAUUGACAAGCACUUCCACAUCAGCGGAGACUCUCAGCAGCACCACGCCCACCACCACUACCAGCACCAGCACCAGCACCAGAACACCGACAACAACAACAACUACUACAACAAUCAUCCCAACUCCUGAACCGUGUGAGUGCAUCUGGACGGACUGGAUCGAUGUGAGUUACCCAGAUGGUUCUGACAGGAAUGGUGGUGACUACGAAACCUUUGAGAACAUUUGGAAGAAAUACCCCUCCUGGGAGUGUGCGAAAGUUGAGAAUAUUUCAUGCCGAGCAGAGAAAUUCCCUAGCCAUUCCAUUGCAGAUUUAGGGCAGAAAGUGGAAUGCAACGUGAACGUAGGGCUCAUCUGUAACAAUAAGGAUCAGCAGAUAGGAGGUAUAAUACCAAUGCCAGUCUGCCUCAACUACGAGAUCAGUGUCUGCUGCACCCCCAACAAACCAGAGUGUCUUCCAACUCCAAGCACCACGAGCACCACAACUUCGACAUCUUCCCCCACAACAAGCAGUGUGACCCCUCCAAUAUCAACCACCGCUCCAACGUCAACAACAGUGGAGACUACCAGCCCUACCAGCCCUACCAGCACCAGCACCAGCACCACCACCACCACGCUGCCCCCCAGCAGCACCACCACUAGUGGCAGCACGUCACAGACAACCACAACUGCUCCUGUCUCAACAACACCCGUUUCAACUACUUCAAGCACAUCCACGCCCACACCAACAUACACCACCACCACAUCAACUCAAGCCCCAACUCCACCCACACCAAGCACACCAAAAUCGACAACCACUUCUACGUCACCGGAGACUCCCACGACCACCACCAGCCCUCUGAGCACAACUACCACUGUUCCUGAAUCAACACCCACCAUCUCAACUCCUCAAAGCACAACUCCAUCCACACUGAGCACGCCAAAAUCGACAACCACUUCCACAUCACCAGAGACUCCCACCAUCACCACCAGCCCUCCAAGCACAACAACAACAACAACCACUGUUACUGGAUCAACAACAACCAUGUCAACUCCUCAAA